AUGGCGGCGGCCACACUGAAGGACCCGGCACAGGGUAAUGUAACCUUUGAGGAUGUGGCCGUGUACUUCUCCUGGGAGGAAUGGGGUCUCCUUGAUGAGGCUCAGAGACACCUGUACCACAAUGUGAUGCUGGAGAACUUUGCACUUAUAUCCUCACUGGGUUGUUGGUGUGGUAUGGAUAAUGAGGAGGUACCUUCGGCUCAGUGUGAUUCUAUGGAAAGAAUGUCACAAAUCAGGACCCCAAAGCCAGAUCCAUCAAACCAGAAGGCUCAUCUCUGUGAGAUAUGUGUCCCUACCAUGCAAGAUAUUUUGUACCUGGCUGAGCACCAAGGAACACAUAAUGAGCAGAAAUUGUACACAUAUGUGGCAUGUGGGAAACAAUUCUGUUCCAGUGCAAACCUUCGCGAGCACCAGGAAGAGCACAGUGGAGAGAAAUCUUACUGCAAAGAUAUGGACAGGGCCUCCUUUGUGAAGAGCUACAGAAUCCAUGCAUUACAGAAGCCCUUCAUCUGUGGGGAGGUUGGGACCAACUUCCUGACCAAUGUGGGCCUUCUUUGGCACCAGGUCACUCCUAAAGGAGUGCCACCACACAGUGUUACUGAGUGUGAGGAGGCCUUUCAGAGUGGAAAAAGUCACAAAUGUGGUGAAUGUGGGAAAACCUUCCGCCGCAAACGUACACUUGUUCAGCAUCAGAGAAUCCACACUGGAGAAGGACUGUAUGAGUGCUGUGAAUGUGGGAAAACCUUCAGCUACAAGCAUACAUUUGUUCAGCACAAGACAGUCCACACUGGAGAAAGGCCUUUUGAGUGCAGCGAAUGUGGGAAGGCCUUUAGGUUCAAAUGUAAACUUGUUCAGCACCAGCGUAUUCACACUGGAGAAAGGCCUUAUGAAUGUACUGAAUGUGGGAAAGCUUUUGGGUAUAAAUCCAAACUUGUUCGGCACCAGAGAAUUCACACUGGAGCAAAACCUUAUGAAUGUGCUGAAUGUGGGAAAUUCUUUAGACAGAGUUCCAGCCUUGUUCAACACCAGAGAAUUCAUACUGGAUCAAGGCCUUAUGAAUGUGAAGAUUGUGGGAAAUCCUUUAGCCAAAGCUCCAUCCUUAUUCAGCACCGUAGAGUUCACACUGGAGAAAGGCCUUAUAAGUGUGGGGAAUGUGGGAAAUCUUUUAGACAAAGCUCCAGCCUCAUUCAGCACCAGAGAGUUCACACAGGAGCAAGGCCUUAUGAAUGCAGUGAAUGUGGGAAAUGCUUUAGCCAAAGCUUCAGCCUUAUUCUGCAUCGGAGAGUUCAUACUGGAGAAAGACCUUAUGAAUGCAGUGAAUGUGGGAAAUGCUUUAGCCAAAACUACAGAACACCAUGGAACACACCAUGGACUGAAACCUCACACAUGUGGGGCAUGUGGGAGACAAUUCUGGUUCAGUGAAACGUGGGCCAGCAGCAUUACAGUGUAGAGAAACUCUUAAGAAGGGAUGAAGGCAAGGCUUCAUUUGUGAAGAAUGGUACAGUUUGUGAAGAACCUCACUUGUCAGAGAAGCCCUUUAUGUGUGAAAAGGACCAGAAGAAAUUCGUUGAUAGUUUGGGUAGUCAUCAGCAAAAAACUUCUCGUAGCAAGAGGAAGACAUCCAAGAGCACUGAGAGUGGAGAGGACUUUCACAUUGGACAAAUGCAUUACAAGUGCAGUGAAUGUGGGAAAGCUUUCAGCCGCAAAGACACACUUGUCCAACACCAGAGAAUCCAUAGUGGAGAAAAACCUUAUGAGUGUAGCGAAUGUGGAAAAGCCUUCAGCCGCAAAGCCACACUUGUCCAACACCAGAGAAUCCAUACUGGAGAAAGGCCUUAUGAGUGCAGUGAAUGUGGAAAAACCUUCAGUCGAAAAGACAACCUUACUCAGCACAAGAGAGUCCACACUGGAGAAAUGCCUUACAAAUGCAGUGAGUGUGGGAAAUACUUUAGCCAUCACUCCAACCUAAUUGUACACCAGAGAGUUCACAACGGAGCAAGGCCUUAUAAGUGCAGUGAUUGUGGGAAAGUCUUCAGACACAAAUCCACACUCGUUCAGCAUGAGAGCAUUCACACUGGAGAAAAUCCUUAUGAUUGCAGUGAUUGUGGGAAGUCCUUUGGCCACAAAUACACCCUUAUUAAACACCAGAGAAUUCACACUGAGACAAAGCCUUUUGAAUGCACUGAAUGUGGGAAAUUCUUUAGUCGAAGUUCUGACUUUAUUGCACACCAAAGGGUUCACACCGGUGAAAGGCCUUUUGUGUGCAGCAAAUGUGGAAAAGACUUCAUCAGAACCUCCCACCUUGUUCGGCACCAGAAAGUUCACACUGGAGAAAGGCCAUAUGAGUGCAGUGAAUGUGGGAAAGCCUACAGCUUAAGCUCCCACCUCAAUCGACACCAGAAAGUUCAUACUGCAGGCAGGCUAUAGGAGUACUUUCAACACAAGACUCAUCAGUCAGAUGUUGAACCUCAGAUAUCUGAACAUUCACAUGAGGGAGAUACCUUUUGAGUGCCAGGUACAUAGGAAGCUUCCAGGGACUAUGUUGCACUUUCUGACCUUCUCAGGUUCCUUGCCAGAGUUAUGUCACUGUCAAUGUCUGUGGCUGAAACCAUUUUAACUCUACCAGCUUAGUCACCCUAACAUUCUCACAGAAGGCGGGACUUUGUACUUGUACUUUGAAUCGUGAGACUCUUGAAUUUACCAGGGGUCUUCAUGCCCUUCUCUCUGUCUGGUAUAGGUGUGGACAUGACCCAUCUUUAGCCAAGAGGACCUGAGCUAUAUUCUGCUAGUAGCUCAUAGAGAAGAUUUACUUUCUUUAUGGACAUUGUUGGUCUCAUGUGAUACUUGUGAUGAAUUUUUCCAGCCUCCAUGUCACCCAGCCUGGGAAAGUACUUCCCUCCUGUUGCUCUGUUUGUGAUAAUAAAG